AUGUGUUCGGGUGGAACACUCAAAUUUCUCUGCAACUUUUAUGCAUGUUGCAACAUUUUCUGGGCAAUUAGCAUCGCCGUGAAUGCGGACAAAGUGAGUGAGAAAAUUAUGCGUGAUAACUGCAGCGUGAAUCUCAUCCCGGACGGCAGCCGCGUUUCCUGGGGAAUCUGCAAUACGAAAACCUACGGGACGUUGGUGUUCAUGCUGGCACUCGGGUGCAUUAUGUCGCUGCUCAUGGUGGUUGGAGUUGCGUUGGAUAAGGGAUUGCUACUGAAAGUGUUUCGGAUAUUUCUAUUCGCAAAUAUAACGUUUCUCUUCGGGUGCUGGUUAGCAAUAUUAAUAUCAUUCUACGAAGCGCAUAGCCCUAUGCUUAUGGUACUAUGGGGGUUUGUCCUGGUGUUGUGUGUUGUAUACUUUGGAAUGCAGAUCUGGAUCGUUUCAAAGGCAUGUGAGGCCAUCUCAAAAAAAUCAUAUUGCAUGGAAAAAGCAGUAAAACGCGAAAGUAUUAAUCGCUUCAUUAUGGAUCAAUCCCAGAAGUUUCAAAGCUUCUAG